GCUCAACAGUGAGGUAGACUUAUUCGGACACGUUUUACAGGAGUCUCGGCGUUUGAUUUAUCCCGUGGAUGCGGCUGUCGGGGUCGGUGUCUGAGCCCUGCAGGAUCAGCCUGUCAUAGGGCAACAUGGUUUCUCUGCUUCUUCACAAGUGGAUGAGGAAUAUUUCUCCGGAGAUGCUGCUGUUGGUGCCGAUAUUGUGGUUUUUACCUGUGAUCGGAGCGGCUCCUUCUCUGACUACCGAGCAGCUGGACAUGGGGGUGGACUGGCUGAGCAGGUUUGGCUACCUCCCACCCCCUGACCCAGUGACUGGGCAGCUUCAGACCAAGGAGGCCCUGACCAAGGCCAUCAAAGCCAUGCAGAAGUUUGGAGGGCUGAAGGAGACCGGAGUCUUAGACCAGGCCACGCUGGGUCUAAUGAAAACCCCCAGAUGUUCUCUGCCAGAUGUGUCCGAGGCUGAGGUGACAAUGGGCCGCAGGAAACGAGGCUUGAACCCUCAGAACAAAUGGAAUAAGAGGCAUCUAUCCUGGAGAGUGAGGACCUUUCCUAAGGAUUCGGCCUUACUGGGCAGGGACACUGUUCGAGCCCUGAUGUACUACGCCUUGAAGGUCUGGAGCGACAUCGCGCCACUUAACUUCCACGAGGUGGCCGGCAGUGAUGCCGACAUUCAAAUCGACUUCACUAAGGCCGACCAUAACGAUGGAUAUCCCUUUGACGGGCCAGGGGGCACCGUGGCGCACGCUUUUUUCCCUGGAGAGAGAUUCACUGCUGGGGAUACACACUUUGAUGAUGAUGAGGCGUGGACCUUCAGAUCACCAGACUCCCACGGGAUGGAUCUGUUUGCAGUUGCAGUCCAUGAGUUCGGUCACGCCAUCGGCCUGGUCCACACCUCAGCCAUGGAGUCCAUCAUGAGACCGUACUACCAGGGUCCCGUAGGAGACCCACUGAAAUACGACUUACCCUAUGAAGACAAGGUCCGCGUCUGGCAACUCUACGGUGUCAGAGACUCAGUGUCCCACACCAAUCGACCAGGCAACCCCUCCCAGACAGCUGAACCUCCCGUCCUGCUGGACCUGCCUGAAAACAGAUCCACUCUCUUGCUGGCACGAGAUGCCCCAGACAGAUGCACCAGUCACUUUGAUGCCGUGGCCCAAAUACGAGGGGAGGCCUUCUUUUUCAAAGGGAAGUACUUCUGGCGACUAACUCGAGAGAAGCACCUGGUGUCUCUUCGUCCGGCUCAGAUCCAUCGCUUCUGGAGGGGCCUCCCGCAGAAUCUGGACAGUGUGGAUGCUGUGUAUGAGAGGCCUGGGGACCACAAAAUUGUAUUUUUUAAAGGUCUAAAAUACUGGGUGUUUAAAGACAAUAUUGUGGAAGAAGGUUACCCUCGUCCAAUCAGUGACUUUGGCCUGCCCUUGGAAGGAGUGGAUGCAGCUUUUGUUUGGCUACACAACGACAAAACCUACUUCUUCAAGGACAACCACUACUGGCGCUACGACGACCACCUGAGGCAUAUGGACCUGGGCUACCCUAAAGACAGCACGCUUUGGAAGGGCCUGCCACCACACCUGGACGAUGCCAUGAGGUGGUCUGAUGGCUCGUCCUAUUUUUUCAAGGGGAAGGAGUAUUGGCGAGUGCCAGGUAGCGACAUGGAGGUGGAGGCGGGAUACCCCCGUCUCAUCGCUAAGGACUGGCUGCUGUGCACCGAGAUGCAGUCGGACUCUCCGGACGCAGAGCCCAAAAGCACGGAGACGAGAGUCAACGUGCACCAUCACCCAGACCACGCAGAGAAUGGAUACGAGGUGUGCUCCUGCACCUCUGACACAGCCUCGCCUUUGGGCGCCCGCCCCUCCCCAUCUCCCAUCUGGCUGCUCCCACCUCUCUGGACGAUCUCAGUGGCCCUCCGCUCUGAACUGCUAUGAUGCCAAAGCAUGGGACAAAGUUCUCAAGCUGAGUGCAGGAGACAGACUCACUAGCGAAGGGCCAGAGGACACUAAA